AAUAAGUAAUAUAUGUGGAUGGGUAAAAAAUUCUUGGAAACAAAUUCCUGAUGAUAUUAUUAUUAAAUCUUUUGUUAAAUGUGGUAUUUUAAAUGAUUUAAAUGAAAUUGUAGAACUUAGUAGUAAGGGCAUUGAAAUUGUAGAACUUAGUAGUAAGGGUGUUGAAAUUGUAGAUCUUAGUAGUAAGAAAAUUGUAGAUCUUAGUAGUAAAGAUAUUAAAAUUGUAAAUCUUAGUAGUAAAGAUGUUGAAAUUAUAGACAUUAGUGAAGUUAUGGACAUUGGCAAUAAUAUAGAUAUUAGCGAUAAUUAG